UCACAAGUCAGUCAGAGCGGGUGCUCAAACCCCCCCCCCCUAAAACCCUAGACAACAUUUCCGUACUCUACUCUCUGCUUCUCUCCCAUGCUUCCUGGGUUUGGAAUUGGAUCUCCACGUCUUCAACUUUCAAUGGCUUUCCUCUCCGUUUCCAAGUCAUACCAACUGAAUCCUUGGGUUUAUCCCAGCAUCUCAAUCCCUUCUUAUUUCUUCACGACAACCCACGAUCCCAACACAGCUUCAGAACAGGUAAACAAUGCGCCUUCUCAACAAGAAGAAAAAGUGGUCAACAACCAGAGAACCUCGCGAGGUAAGACUCGAAACCCAGAAAAAGUAGAGGAUAUUAUUUGUAGAAUGAUGGAGAAACGGGCGUGGACCACCCGCUUACAGAAUUCCAUACGUGCUUUAGUCCCUGAAUUUGAUCACUCAUUAGUUUAUAAUGUACUUCAUGGUGCUAAGAACUCGGAACAUGCCCUCCAGUUCUUCCGGUGGGUGGAACGGGCCGGAUUGAUCCACCAUGACCGUGAAGCUCACAUGAAGAUCAUUCAGAUUUUGGGUCGAGCUUCCAAGCUCAAUCAUGCCAGAUGCAUAGUUCUAGACAUGCCCAAAAAGGGCGUUGAAUGGGAUGAAGAUUUCUUUGUUGUUUUGAUUGAUAGUUAUGGGAAAGCUGGUAUAGUUCAAGAGGCUGUGAAAAUUUUCCUGAAAAUUAAGGAGUUGGGUGUGGACAGGACUAUCAAGUCUUAUGAUACUUUCUUUAAGGUUAUAUUACGACGUGGUCGAUAUAUGAUGGCCAAAAGGUAUUUUAAUAAGAUGUUGAGUGAAGGGAUAGAGCCCACUCGUCAUACCUAUAACAUCAUGCUCUGGGGUUUCUUUUUGUCUCUCAGACUUGACACUGCUAAUCGGUUUUAUGAGGAUAUGAAGACUAGGGGAAUUUCACCUGAUGUUGUGACAUAUAAUACAAUGAUUAAUGGAUAUUCUCGAUUCAAGAUGAUGGAGGAGGCAGAGAAGUUGUUUGUAGAGAUGAAGGGGAAGAACUUAGCACCUACAGCGAUCAGUUAUACUACCAUGAUAAAGGGGUAUGUUGCAGUGGAGCAAGUUGACAAUGGAUUGAGAUUGUUUGAAGAGAUGAAGUCCUUUGGUAUUAAACCUAAUGCAACAACAUAUUCAACUUUGUUGCCAGGGCUGUGUGAUGCGGGCAAAAUGACUGAGGCUAAGACUAUUUUGAAGGAGAUGGUGGAGAGGUAUAUUGCACCGAAGGAUAAUUCGAUUUUCAUCAAGCUGUUAAAUAGUCAGUGCAAAUCUGGUGAUUUGAAUGCAGCUGCUGAUGUGCUCAAGGCAAUGAUUCGAUUGAGUAUUCCUACAGAGGCUGGUCAUUAUGGUGUCUUGAUUGAGAACUUUUGCAAGGCAAAUGAGUUUGAUCGGGCAAUCAAGUUGCUGGAUAAGCUUGUUGAGAAGGAAAUUGUCUUGAGGCCUGAAAAUUCUUUGGAAAUGGAAGCUAUUGCUUAUAAUCCAAUGAUUCAGCAUCUAUGCUACCAUGGUCAGACAGGAAAAGCAGAAGUCUUUUUCCGGCAAUUGAUGAAGAAGGGUGUUUUGGAUCCUAUUGCAUUUAAUAAUUUGAUCCGAGGGCAUGCAAAAGAAGGGAAUCCUGAUUUCGCUUUUGAAAUUCUAAAGAUUAUGGGUAGGAGAGGGGUGCCCAAAGAUGCAGAUGCUUACAGGUUGCUUAUUGAAAGCUACCUAAGGAAAGGCGAGCCUGCUGAUGCUAAAACAGCUCUGGACAGUAUGAUUGAGGAUGGGCAUCUUCCUGAGUCUGGCAUAUUCAAGUCAGUGAUGGAGAGUUUAUUUGAAGAUGGUAGGAUUCAGACUGCAAGCAGAGUUAUGAACAGCAUGGUGGAGAAGGGAGUGAAGGAGCAUAUGGACUUGGUUGUUAAGAUCUUGGAAGCUCUCCUAAUGAGAGGCCAUGUUGAAGAAGCCCUUGGACGAAUUGAGCUACUGAUGCAAAAUGGGUGUGCACCCAAUUUGGAUAGCCUACUAUCUAUUCUUUCUGAGAAAGGGAAGACUAUUGCUGCUCUCAAGUUGUUAGAUUUUGGUUUAGAGAGAGACUGUAGCAUAGACUUUUCAAGUUAUGAGAAGGUGUUGGAUGCUCUCUUAGCUACCGGAAAGACUCUCAAUGCAUAUUCCAUAUUGUGUAAAAUAAUGGAGAAAGGAGGGAUCACUAACUGGAGUAGCCUUGAGGACUUGAUCAAGAGCCUUAACCAGGAGGGGAACACAAAGCAAGCAGAUAUACUCUCUAGAAUGAUGAAAGAAGGGGAGGCAGCUAGUGGAAAAAAGAAAGGGAAGAAGCAAGCGACUGUUGCUAGCUAAUUUACCUUUUGUUUAGAAAAGUUUUGGAUAGUUCUAUUGUGACUCAUUAUCAUUAGAAUAAGUUCUGAAAAAUGCCAUGUAAUCUUCAUUUCAAAUGCAGAGAGCUAACAUUUUACAUGGCUCAGAAUCCCCCUAGAUACUUUCUAUGGGAUUUCUUGUACCCUAGAUUUUAUAGGGUACCUUUUGAGCUUUAAUUGUUUCAAUUAUUCUCACUCACUUGAGUCUUGUCGAUGAAACAUCAAGGAAUUAAAAUGAUUAAGUAAAAGCUCUUCAUUUUGUUUCUUUCAACUGCAUUUUGAGAAUCAUGACUCGAGUUAUUUAUAAUGCACAGCAUCUGUUCUGUUACUGUUUUUUUUCCCCCUUCGUGUAUUGAAUAAAUGAUAAUAAUAAUAUUUAGGAGAUUGCUCAGUGCAGUUGAGAUGAGGACAGAGAUGUUCAGCAAACGAGAAACCAACAUUACAUGUGUUUGCGAAUUUAUGCCAAAAAAAAAAAAAAAAACAAUGCCACU